CUAAAUAAAUAAAUAUAACAAAUACUAAAUAGCAUUGUUACAUUUUAUAAGCUCUUGUGAAGCUCUUGUGAAGCCCCCAUAUGAAGCAUCAUCGUUUAAUUAUUUUCCAUGGUUUUUCACAAAAAAACUAUAUAUUGCUAAAAAUCAUCAGCAUUCAUUUACACCUGGUUGCCAUGUUUACCAGUAAACAUCCGGAAGCUAUGGCGACACGGGGCUCAGUUUCAAGAGUCGCUUUCGGCAGCUGCCAGAAACGUCUCAUGUUUCCGACGCACUUUGCGCCUGACCGAAUGGGAAAUGAAAUGCUCUCACAGUUUGGUUCAGCUGAAGGAGGACCCGGAUGUUACGACAACCACACGGUUGGCACACUUCUGUAUGAACUCCAACACAAACCUGAGAGUAAGAGGGGAUAUGUGUUUGCAGCCCGCACUGCAUCACGAUUCCUGCCGGCUUUAAAGGCAGUCACCCCUUCACCACAGAAAUACCAGCUGGACUGGACUCUACCUAAAGUGUGUCCUCCUGGAAAAGCUCCCUUCAAUAGUACCACUUUAAGAUUCAGACCUAAAGAUGCAGAAAUCAGCCCUGGUCCAGGGGCAUACGCUCAUGAUGCUAUCCAAAGCAAGGUGUCGUGGCCUAUGAAAUUUGGCUCUCCAGACUGGACAAAAGUGCCAAUGCUGGAGAGAAGAGCACUGCGGACAGAGAUACUUGUUGACACCUGGACAUGGAUCAGAGUAAAGAGAAUUUGAAGCGCUCAGAGAACAAGUCUUCCUCCCAUUGCAUCUGAUGAGAUUCCAGUACCAUGUGGCGAGGCUGGAUUAAAGAUAAUGAGGUUUAGUUUCUUGCACAGACUGGUCAUUUCAUUUAAAACCUCAGUGUAACAUCAGGAGCCAGUAUUUUUGUAUAUGUUUGUUAACUUUCAUAAUGUGAGUCAUCAGGAAUCGCCGUUUCAGCUAAAAAGUAUUUCUACGGGAUCAAAAUAAGCCACCCACACUUUUUUGAUAGACGCAUCAGCUAAAUUAAUACAGGUAAAUGUAUUUAAAGCACAGAAAAAUGAAAUGUAUAACACACAUUUACUCUGUGUUGGGGAUUGAGUAAUUUGUCGUAUUAUCUCAUGCAUGUCAGUGAUUAUGUUACAUUACAAAUGUAAAUAUGGGAGGUGAAUUCAUUCAUUUUUG